GACCCAGCACUGGGAGGCACAGGCCAAGGCUGCAGCCCUCUGCUCACCGUGGCACCCCCCUCCGCCCCUGAGACUGCUGGGCGGAGUGGCCCAGACAGGCUGCCUACUCUGCAAGAACCCAGUGCAGCAUGGCGGCCUCCGACUUUGUGCAGGAGAUACACUCCAUAGGUGAGAGGCUGAGGCUCAAGCUGCAGAGGCUGCCCCGGGCUGAGCCUGUGGAGAUUGUGGCCUUCUCGGUCAUCCUCCUCUUCAUAGGCGUUGUCCUGCUGCUGCUGCUCAUCGCCUGCAGCUACUGCUGUGCUCACUGCCGCCCUGAGCAGAGGGCCAGGAAGGUCCAAGUGCGGCCCAAGAGCCCACAGUGAGAGCCGGAAGGGUGGCCGGGGAGAAGCAGGAGAGGAGACCAGCAGAGCCGUGACCCUACAGCCCUCACCGCCCAAGACAAAGGCCCACUGCCGCACCACGGCCCUGCCCGGGGACCCAGAAACUGAUACCUGGAGCUUUAUCAAGGAAAAGAAGGGCUGUUAGGGCCACAAAACUGUCACCUGUCAGCGAACACUGGUGCCAGGAGUUGCCAACUGUUUAAAGACUGAGUAAAUCACUGGGGAGCCUGA